AUGUUGCACCUGAUCCUGACCAUGCCGUCUCUGCUGUUCCUGCAGGGGUUCCUCCAGGUGCUCCUGCUGCUGGUCUGUAGCUCUGAAGCCUACAAACCUGUCAUCAUUGUGCAUGGACUGUUCGACGAACCAAAUAAUUUCAAGACUCUCACCAAGUUCAUCCAGCAGGCCCAUCCCGACACAGAGGUCACUGCUCUGGACUUGUUCGACAAUGUAAAAAGUCUGAGGCCUCUGUGGACUCAGACCAAGGGCUUUCGGUCUGCUCUGGAGUCCAAGCUGAACCAGAGCAGGGAGAGCGCCCACCUGCUCUGCUUCUCACAAGGAGGUGUGAUCUGCAGAGCGCUGCUGUCUGUGAUCCCAAACCACAACAUUCACACAUUCAUCGCCUUGUCCUCUCCUCUGGCCGGACAGUUCGGAGUCACAGACUAUGUGAAGAAGGUGGUCCCUGUCCCAAAGAAGCUGGUGUACAAAUUGUGCUACCUGCGCUUGUGGCAGGACAUCUCCAUCUGCGAGUACUGGAACGAUCCUCAUCACAGAGACUUGUACCUGAAAAAAGUCGACUUCCUGCCGCUGAUCAACGGAGAAAUCCAACAUGAGCAUCUCGACGAGUGGAAGAAGAACUUCCUGCAGAUAAAGAAGAUGGUUCUGAUCGGAGGUCCAGACGACGGGGUCAUUACUCCGUGGCAGUCCAGUCACUUUGGAUUCUACAACGAUAACGAAGAAGUGGUGGAGAUGAAGAAUCAGGAGUUUUACACCUCUGACGCCUUUGGCCUGAAGACGCUGGACUCUCGUGGAGACAUCUCAGUCUGUGUUCAGUCUGGAGUCCCUCAUCUCCACUGGCACAUUAACAUCACCGUCUUCAACAACUGCAUUAAGGAUUGGCUCAUCUGA